AUGUUCUUGAGGCUGAUGAAGGAACCCCUAGCUUUGCUUAGCCUGGCCUUUAAAUCCUUGUCUACACCCCCAUCUGAUAUUUAUUCCUUGAUCAAAACAGGUGGAGCGAAGUGUCCGAAGAAUGAAACAUCUUGGAGGGAAAGAUCGAAGAUAAUCUGCAACAAUACUGGAAAUCGUGUUUAUCACUGUAUUCCGACAAUUGAUUUGAAUGCCAUUUUAGAGGACUGCUUCAUCUCUCAGUCAAUACAGCCAAAUUUUUGUGCAGUUUACAAUACUUACCUGAACAAAACUGGAUUUGACCAAGAAAAAUCUUGUAAAAAUAGUUUUCUCGAGAGGUGUCCAAACAGCGUGUAUCAAUCGGAUGAACUCUUUAAAUAUCCGUUAUGUUUAGAAAUAAAUCCAGAUGAGAAAUGCUAUGUUGCCGAGUCUUCCUGUCCACGUAUACAAAGAAUAAAUGGUGCAAGAGAUCCGCCUUCUUACAGAGUGUUGAUUGUGAUGCUGAUAUCAACUACAAUGUUAAUGAUAUGAAAGAAGACUACAUUGGUUUUAACAAAAAAUUCUGCCUGUCUAUAAAAAUAAUCUCCGG